AUGGGAUACCGCCACCGCCACCUCCGGCGGCGCCGUCGGAGCCCUCCGACUCCCACCACCUCGCACUACGCCACCACAGACGGCGAAGAUGAUGAAGAAGAUAAAGACGAGGACACCUCAGUGACCAGACCCCGGCAACUCCACUCCGCCGACGACGAGAAAUCCCUGAAGGAAACCACCGGGACUGCCGCGUCCUCCUACUCCUACUGCUUCUCCUCGGGUUCGAAUCGAGGCCGAGAAGGAACCCCCACGGCGGCGGCGGACUCGUCGCGGAGCGACGGGGGCGGUGUCCCUACUCCGGCCACGUACGUGGCCGUCGCGCCGCUGCCCAUCUUCCGCGGCGGCACCGGCGAGUGCCCGGUCGCCCACAUGCGGCGUUUCGCGAGGGUCUGCCGGGCGAACAACGCGCCGUCGCCGGGAAUGAUGGCCCGGGUCUUCCCGGUCACCCUCGACGGCGAGGCGGCGCUGUGGUACGAGCUCGAAGUGGAGCCCCUCUCCGGCAUGUCCUGGGAAGAGAUCGAGGCCUCCUUCAUGGCGGCCUUCUGCCGGCCGGAGACGGCGGAGCAGUCCCGUUCCGAUCUGAUGGCCAUGAAGCAGGAGGACGGAGAGACCGUCAACGCGUACUACCUGCGGAUGCAGUGGAUUCUGAGGAAGUGGCCGGCGCACGGGAUACCCGAUGGCAUGCUGAGAGGGCUGUUUGUCGACGGGUUGAAGGAGGACUACCAGGACUGGAUCAUCCCGCAGCGGCCACAGUCUCUGGAGGAGGCCUUCAGGUUGGCCCUCUCCUGGGAGCAGGCGCAGAGAACGAGAGAAGCCCGGCGGCGGAGGGCGGCGGCGACGGAGAAGCUGAAGUGCGGGUUCUGCGACGGGCAGCACGAGGAGGGUUCCUGCGAGGUGCGGCGAGGGAUGAGGGAGCUGUGGCUACGGAGCAGAGAGAGGACUGAGAAGCAGCAGCAGCAGCGGCAGCUGAAGCAGUCAACGGCGAGUGGCGGCAACCUGCGCUCUCUUUCUCUCUCGGCGAGCAUGACGGGGCCGAAGCAGGAAUGGGGAGAGAGGAAGGAGGAGGGAGUGGGGAUUAUGAGCUUCCGGAGGUCGCAGUGCCAGUGCUGGAAGCACCAGUGCUGGAAGAAGUACGACCGGAGCAGCGGCGGACUCCCGGAGGGAAACCCCACUCCCAGCGCCGAUUAA